AUGACAGCUGAGGAUUCAGAUGAUGUGUUAUUGAUGGCCACCACAAACGGAGAACAUUCUCCAUUUUCAGACAAAGUGUUGUUGAUGGCAACUACAAACCGAGAACGUUCUGGAAAAAGUGUUAAAAACGAAGAACGUACUUCGUCCCAAUUUUGGUUUCUUGAUACUGGUUGCUCGAAUCACAUGAUUGGCCGCGAAGAUUGGUUUGUAAGCAUUGAUGAGAAGGUAAAAAGAGAGACCAGAUUUGUAGAUAAUAGCAACGUAACUGCAGAAGGAGUAGGAAACGUGUUGAUUCAAAGAAGAGAUGGCAAUCAAUAUUUCAUAUGUGAUGUGUUGUAUGUGCCAAUAAUGAAGAACAAUAUGCUAAGUCUUGGACAAUUGCUUGAAAAGGGAUAUUCAAUGAAGAUGAAGCAUGGUGAAAUAAAGAUGUUUGAUAGUGCAAAUAGGUUUGUAUUGAAGGCACCAUUGUCUAGAAACAGAACCUUCAAAACACCAUUGUGA